UUGACAAAAUGAUUCAUUCUCAGUACGUACCGUGCAAAGAACAAACGUUUACUUGGAGUCGUAUUUUUCUUGCUUUCGCGUGUUUUAAUUUUUAUUCAAUAAUAUAUAUUUCUACAUUUGGAAAACACUCCUGUUGUUUGCUUCUUCUUUCUUUAUUGUUAAUUGAAUUAGUCAGUGAUGCGAUGAAAUUGAUUGGAAUCGCGUUUAUGUUAUCGUUUUACGGUUGUUUUGAUGCGGCUCCGUCGGAUACGAUUCCUCAACGAAAUGUAUUCAUGGAGGAAGUCAAAUGGACUACCUGGAAGCAAUCGAACAACACCAAAUUCAGUCCCGAAAUUUUUCUCAGUACGCCAGACACGAUAAAAAGGGCGGGUUAUCCCGUGGAAUCUCACGUUGUUAUGACGGAGGACGGUUUUUAUUUGACGUUACAUCGUAUCCCAGGUGACAAUGAUUCUCUACCGGUUUUACUGAUACACGCUCUUUCACUUAGCUCCGUCGAUUGGCUCAUUCUUGGCAAAGGCAGAGCACUCGCUUAUCUAUUAGCGGAUCAGGGAUAUGAUGUUUGGUUCGCUAAUUUUCGUGGCAACAUCUAUUCAAAAAAACAUACUUCCUUAUCUCCGUCGAGCUUGGAAUAUUGGGAUUUCAGCUUUCACGAAAUGGGUGUCUACGACUUACCUGCGAUGAUUAAAUUUAUUACAAAUAUGAGAUCGCAACAAUUGCAUUCGUGCAUUGGUCAUUCGUUGGGCACAACCACUUUUUAUGUAAUGGCAUCAGAGCGUCCAGAAAUCGCUGGAAUGGUACAAAACAUGAUCAGUCUCGGACCAACAGCCUUUAUAGACAAUAUGAAAGGUUUGUUUCGAUACAUGACUCCCUUCGUGAAGACGAAUCAGAAACUGUUGAAUAAUUUCUUGCACGGCGAAUUUAAUGUGAACAGUGAUAUUUAUAAAAAUUAUGUGCAAUUUUUCGACCCGACUUUUCUACAUGAAUUGUUCGUACACCUGAUAUUUUUGAUAUGCGGUUUCGAUUAUGAACAACUUGAUUACACUCUGGUACCUAAUAUAUUGGGUCACGACCCAGCUGGUACCUCGAUUAAAGCAUUCGUUCACUACGCUCAAGUACAUCAAUCAGGAAAGUUUCGCAAAUUUGACUACGGUAGCGCGAAAAAUUUGCUGAUGUACAACUCGGUGGAACCUCCGGAUUACGAUCUAACGAAAAUCACGGUACCAAUCGCUUUGUUGUACGCCAGCAAUGACUUGGUGGCCGACCCUGUUGAUGUGAAGAGGUUGUACGAUUUACUACCCAACGUAAUAGAUAUGUACGAAGUGCCGUGGCCCAAAUUUAAUCACGCGGACUUCAUAUGGGCCAAAGAUGUGGCAAAACUCGUGUACGAAAGAAUUUUCCAGAUCCUCAGAGGGGAGAAUUCACAUAAUGUUACCUCUAUAUUAUGAAUAAUAUGAAUGUAUAUGUUACGUUAAUAUAAUAAAAAUAAUACAGAACUACGAUUGAAGGCAGCUGUAAUCAUUAAUUUAGCGAAAUAUAAAUUGAUAAUGUUUUAUUAUUAUUUACAAUAUAUUAGUAACGUUGCGGAUUAUAAUAAUACAUGUAUUUUUAAACAAUCGUUCCGAAUAAUUUAUUCUUGCGAUGGAUCGAAAGUUUGGUUGCAAUAUGAUAAAUAUUGUAUAUACAGAUAUUUUUUCUGUAAAUUACUUGUCAACAUAUUUUCGAUUUUAGUAACAAUA